AUGGAGGUGAAGAAAUGUGAAAGAGGAGAGGAAGAGAUCCUGGGCAUGUUAGCAGCGAGUAUCACUCCGAGAGGAGAAGUGGAAGAGAUGCUGAUUGCGAUCUCCCCACGAAAAGACUGUCGACUCAAAAUAUCGAUGCCUCCUCCAACGGUGGAAACAGAUGAGGAGUUGCUGGUGGCCAGUUUCGAUGGAUCGGCUAGGAUAAAAAAGAAAGGAGGGUCGUUCAGUGCCGUGAUAUGGAAGUUACCCGAAUGGACGAUCGUGGCGGCCGAAUCGAGAUAUGUUCACGAUCUGACUGUGAAUGAAGCUGAGUAUAAUGGCUUGCUACUGUGCUUUGAGUUACUCGCCGAUCUGGAUAGGGGGCGAGUAAUACUGUGUGGAGAUUCCAGUCUGGUGAUUCUGAUGAACUUUAGACUUCUUGGUCCGAGUGCAAAACGCAAAGUGAAUAUAUAUUUAUAA